CAGAAGAACAACCCCUAGUAACCGGGAGCACUGGCAGCAGCAGCAGCAGUACGGGGAACAAAGAGUAGGCGGAAAAGGAGGAGGCCAUGGAAGCGUAAGCGCCGGGGAGAUUAGAUAGAGAGACGCGCGGAUCAAACGCGACGCGCGCGCCCCACUCGAUUUCCCUUCGCGUCGAUCGGAAACCCUCGCUGCCUCCCCCUCGAUUCCUCCCACUCUCCCUCCCCGUGGGGAGGAGGAGGUCGAGCUCGUGAUCCUCCCGCCCGAUCCGGAUCGAGCCGGAGCAGGCAGGCGCCACAGAUCCCCCCCACUCCAGUGGCGAGAGUGGAGGCUCGCUACUCAAGGAAAUUCAGUAUCGGACCAGUGAUCAGUUAGAGAAUACGGGUGUGAGAAGCCUGACCUGAUCGUUUGGGCUGCAUUUGUGGAGAAUGUCAGAGAGCAAUAUUGAUGGCAUAGAGAUAUCAGUCAGUAAUGACGAUAGGAGGGACAGAGCAGAUGCUGAGAACUCAGAGGAUGAGCCAAGGCACAGGAGGAUGCGGUCACUGAGGAAGAAGGCGCUGCACGCAUCAACGAGGCUAACACAUUCGCUGAAGAAGAGGGGAAAGAGGAAAGUAGACUGCAGAGUGCCGCACAUAGCGAUAGAAGAUGUCAGGGAUGCAGAGGAGGAGCAGGCAGUCAGCUCGUUCCGGGAGGUUUUGUUUGCCAGGAAUCUAUUGCCCGAGAGGCAUGAUGAUUACCAUAUGAUGCUUAGAUUUUUGAAAGCUAGGAAGUUUGACUUUGAAAAGGCAUCACAAAUGUGGGAAGAGAUGCUGCAGUGGAGGAAGGGGUUUGGGGCAGACACGAUUUUGGAAGAUUUUCAAUUUCAUGAGCUAGAGGAGGUACUGCAAUAUUAUCCUCAGGGUUAUCAUGGGGUUGACAAGGAAGGAAGGCCUGUCUAUAUCGAGUUGCUUGGGAAAGUUGAGCCCAAUAAGCUUCUGCAAACCACAACAAUGGAACGAUAUCUUCAGUAUCAUGUACAAGAGUUUGAGAGAGCAUUCCGUGAGAAGUUUCCUGCCUGUUCAAUUGCUGCUAAAAAGCAUGUAGAUACAACAACCACAAUAUUGGAUGUCCAUGGUGUGGGCUGGAAGAACUUUGGCAAGGUUGCAAGGGAUUUGGUUCGCUGUAUGCAAAAAAUAGAUGGUGAUUAUUAUCCUGAGACACUACAUCAAAUGUUCAUUGUAAAUGCUGGAACUGGUUUCAAACUGAUCUGGAGCACUGUGAAGGGACUUCUUGACCCUAAAACAUCAUCUAAAAUCCAUGUUCUAGGAGCAAAAUUCCAAAGCAGACUUCUUGAAGCUAUCGACGCAAGCCAAUUACCAGAGUUUUUUGGCGGUUUGUGCACGUGCUCUCACCAGGGAGGAUGCCUGAGGUCCAACAAAGGCCCUUGGAGUGAUCCUUUAAUUAUGAAGAUUGUACAUAGCAUGGAAUCAUCUGCACUGAGGGAAGUUGUGCAAGUAUCUGAUAUGGAAGAAACACUUACAGGCUCUGUAAGAUUGCGUGCACUCAAGUUACCAGAAAGAAUUAGUGAUACAUCAAAUGCUGAAUCAGGUUCAGAUGUUGAUGAUCUUGGAUCCCCAAUAGCGCCUGCAGAUAUCGAAUAUCAUAGUUUGGCUCCAGUCCGCGAGGAAGCCAGGGAAUCAGGAUCAACAACAUGCAACCGUUCUGAUGACCGGCCUCUUUUGGUGGAUAAAGCUGUUGAGUCCAAUAAAAGAUAUAACCUUGCUGGAAAUGUGUUAAGGCAGUACAACACACGACAAAAUUCAUCAACGAACAGAGUUUCACCUGAGCCAGCAGGUCCCGCCCCGAACGACCGUGAAGGCAUUGCAGAUGAUGGGAUUUUGAAAUAUUUUUCAAGAAAAAUUCUUGCUGUAAUUCUGAAAAUACUCUCUCUUUUGCGCUUUUUCACCCGCCGUCGGCAACAGUUGGAAAACGUUCAUCCACAUACUCCAACUGUAUCCGGUAGUAAUCAGGCAGAUCUUCAGGUAGUUAAGGAAGACCGUGUAAAUCCGUGUCUUGAGCGUCUUGAAAGACUUGAGUCAAUGUGUAAUCAACUCAGCAGAAAACCUCCAGAGAUCCCACAGGACAAGGAUCGUGCUAUACAGGAUUCUUUUGAUAGGAUAAAAUCCAUUGAAUUUGAUCUGGAGAAGACAAAGAAGGUAUUGCAUGCAACAGUGAUCAAACAAAUGCAGAUGGCUGAGACAUUGGAAGCUGUGAAGGACUCUGAUCUUAGGAGAAGGAAAUUUUGUACAUAAUAAACUUAGCAGCAAUGUACAGGAACAAGAAAAAAGAGAUGUUACUUACCAAUGUCUGCUCUCGAACAGAAGACUGAACAGCAUUGCUCUGUAUAUGGCUACCCUGUCUCGCAUCUCUCCUUUUGGUUUAUCAGAGAGAUGAGCGAAGCUUAGUGUUAAUAAAAAGGAUAGAUAGUUGGUGACCCAAGGAAAACUGAGGGGACGGUCAAGAAUAGCUUCCUGGAAGAUGAACAUAGCCCGGCUUAUAGAGCAAAAGAAUUUCAAAGAGGAACUCCAAUACACACCUAAUGUCUUGUCUAUGUGUCUGAUAUGCUCCUUUGAGCCUCCUGACAUGUUGUAUGCAUGCCAUGCUCUUGUGCAUUUUCUUCAGAACAGUUGAGGCUUGACUCAUAAUUCACACCAUUCUUUGGUUAGUAACUUUUAGUAUCUUCAAUAACAUGUACCAGCUUCUCCCCUUCA